AUGUUAAUUACUACGUAUCCAAUAAUUGAUGGUUCAAUUCGAAAAUUAGAGUUGCCUUUUUGGGCUUGGUAUCCCUACAACAUUAGAGAAGCACCCCUGUUCCAAAUUGUGUAUAUGUACCAAUUUUUUUGUGUAUGGUGCAUUGCCUUUUUAUCAAUGAAUAUAGACAUGUCAAAUACGUCUUUGAUGAUGUUCGUCAAGGUUCAAUGUCAGUUACUGUGCAACAAUUUGCGAAAUUUAAAAAAUUAUGAUAAUUGUUUUAACGCAAAACUGAUAGAGUGUAUAAAACAUCACCAACAAAUUUUAAGUUUUUCCAACAUUGCAAAUUCCUUUGCUAAUAAAAUUUUAUUAACGCAGUUUUUUACGAGUACUGCUUCUCUUGGAUUGGCACUGUUUCAAUUAAGUUUGGUAGAACCCUUAACUGUCGACAGUUACAUUAUUGUCUUUUAUAUAAUUGCAAUAAUCGAUGAAAUAUUCUUGUACUGUUGGUUUGGAAACGAAGUGGAAGUAACAAUAAAGUAA